UGUGGAUGGCGAAGUGCCGGGCAGCGACGUUGGAGUUCCCGUUCCCGACAGUCCCAGCCGUCCCCCCCCAUACCGUGGUUUACCUCAACCCACCCCCCAAAAUGCCGGGGGGGGUCCCGGUGGGGGUCCCGGUGGGAGUGGGGGGUCUCCGGCCGUGGCCUGGCCUCGGCUGCCCCCCCAACCCGCCAGCGUGGCGCUGCGCAAGCAGGAGGAGGAGGAGGAGAGCAAGAGGCCGAAGGCUCUGAGCGACAGCUACGAGCUCUCCACCGACCUGCAGGAUAAGAAGGUGGAGAUGCUGGAGCGCAAAUAUGGCGGCUACUUCCGCACGCGCCGCGCCGCCCGCACCAUCCAGGCCGCCUUCCGGCGUUACCGCAUGGCUCAGAAAUUCGAGCGGCUGCGCAGCGAGGGGGGGCGGGCCCGACGUUUGGCCCUGCCGGGUUUACGCCUCCAAUUCUCAUUCGAAGAAUACGACCGUGGCCCCCCAGCCCCGGGACCCCCAGGACCCCCUCCUCCACCUCCCCCUUAUUUCCAAGGGAAACCCGCCUCGCUGGACGAGGGGGUUUUGGGGGGGCCGAGGAGGGCGCCUCGUUACGGGGGGUCUUGUAGGGCUGGGUUGGAUGGGGGGGGGCCCGGUGAUGGUGGAGGUGGAGGGGGGAGCGGGGGGGUAGGGGGAGCCGGGACCCCCCCAACCAGGCAGCAUUCGGCAUCGGCGGAUUUCGGGCCAGGAGGGGCGGAUCUGGAAGAAGCGUUCGCUCAGCAGCCUCCACCUCCUUCCCAAUCCAACCCCGGUAGUUGGGUCGGGGCUGGGACUCCCCAAGAAGAGCUCCCGCCUCGUCGCGGCCCCCCCUGCUUGGAGUGUCGGGGUCGGGGGGGUCACGGCGGGGGUCACGGGGGGGGUCACCCUCCUUUGCUGACCGUCGAGCCCCCCAGCGACAGCUCGGCCGACCUCAGCGACCGCUCCGACCGCGGUUCCGUCAACCGGGUCGGGGGGGGUCCCUACGAACCCGACGGCGCCGGGGGGGGCACUUUACCCCGCAGCGGACCCUUGAGGAGACCCCCCCCGCCCCCACCACCGCCUCCCGCCGCCCCCCCGCAACCCCCCGGUGCCUCCGGCCCCCCCGGGAAAGCCACGUACCAACGGGAGCCACGGCAGAGCUGGGACUCACCGGCGCUCAACAACGACGUGGUGCAGCGCAGGCAGUACCGCAUCGGCCUCAACCUCUUCAAUAACUAUAGACUGGGAGGAAGUGGCACCCCACACUGGGACCAUUGUGGGGUGCCCUACCCCGGCGGCGUGGGGCUGUCCGUGGGGCACUCUGACCCCAUAGGCCGUGGGGAUUGUCCGCCCCGCAGCCAGCGCUACUGCGUGUGUAACGCGGCCCUGCUGCGCCAGUUCCGCAACCCGGACACCAUCUUCAUCCUGGCCUUCGCCAUCAUCCUCCUCAACACCGACAUGUACAGCCCCAGCGUGAAGGCGGAGCGCAAGAUGAAGCUGGAGGACUUCAUCAAGAACCUCCGAGGGGUGGACAACGGGGAGGACAUCCCACGGGACAUGCUGGUGGGCAUCUACCAGCGGAUCCAGAGCCGGGAGCUGCGCACCAACGACGACCACGUCUCCCAGGUUCAGGCUGUCGAGAGGAUGAUCGUCGGCAAGAAGCCGGUGCUGUCCCUGCCCCACCGCCGCCUGGUCUGCUGCUGCCAACUCUACGAAGUCCCCGACCCCAAUCGUCCCCAACGUUUGGGGCUGCACCAACGCGAGGUCUUCCUCUUCAACGACCUCCUGGUGGUGACGAAGAUCUUCCAGAAGAAGAAGAUCCUGGUGACCUACAGCUUCCGUCAGAGCUUCCCCCUCGUCGAGAUGCACAUGCAGCUCUUCCAGAAUGCCUAUUACCAGUUUGGGAUCAAGCUGCUGUCGGCGGCUCCGGGGGGGGAGCGGAAGGUGCUGAUCGUCUUCAACGCGCCCAGCCCUCAGGACAGGCUGCGCUUCGCCAGCGACCUGCGGGAGUCCGUGGCUGAGGUGCAGGAGAUGGAGAAGUACCGAGUGGAGGGUGAGCGAUGGGAGGGCACUGGGAGGAACUGGGAGGCACUGGGAGGGACUGGGAGCUGCUGGGAGGCAAU